CGAGGCUGGAUGCUUGCCCAACAUGGCGGCGCGCUAGGAGCGUAACAUCUGCGUUUCUAGGCGCUUCGCUCUGCGGGUGGCUUGAGACUCUGGAGUUAUAGAGGCCUAAUCCAGACCGGUCAUCUGGAAGAAACUUUGACUUCAGAUAUGGCUCUGAGUAAAUCAAUGCAUGCAAGAAAUAGAUACAAGGACAAACCUCCUGACUUUGCAUAUCUGGCAACCAAAUAUCCAGAUUUUAAGCAGCAUGUUCAGAUAAAUCUGAAUGGAAGAGUGAGUCUUAAUUUUAAAGACCCGGAAGCAGUCAGAGCUCUGACCUGUACUCUUCUAAAGGAAGAUUUUGGACUUUCUAUUGAUAUUCCAUUGGAAAGACUGAUUCCUACAGUUCCCUUGAGACUUAACUACAUUCAUUGGGUGGAAGAUCUGAUUGGCCAUCAGGACUCUGACAAAAAUACUCUCCGAAGAGGAAUUGACAUAGGUACUGGGGCAUCCUGCAUCUAUCCUUUACUUGGAACAACCUUAAAUGGCUGGUAUUUCCUUGCAACAGAAGUAGAUGACAUGUGCUUCAACUAUGCGAAGAAAAAUGUGGAACAGAAUAAUUUAUCUGAUCUUAUAAAAGUGGUAAAAGUACCACAGAAGACACUCCUGAUGGAUGCUCUUAAAGAAGAAUCUGAGAUAAUCUAUGAUUUUUGCAUGUGCAACCCUCCCUUUUUUGCCAAUCAGUUGGAAGCCAAGGUAAAAUGCAUGGGAUUUGAUUAUUUGGAUUACUUUCCCUUCUUCCCCCAUGCCUUCUUUUUCUUUCAGUCACCACCCAGUAAGCGAAGAAAAUUAGAGAAGUCAAGGAAACCCAUUACAUUCGUAGUGUUGGAGUCUGUGAUGAAAGAAUUGUCCCUUAAAGCAUCAUCGUCCCUGGGCUCUGAGACAGUGGAAGGCAUAGUAGUUGUGACAGCAUGGAUUGAAAAAAUCCUCACCGACCUGAAGGUCCAGCAUAAGCGAGUUCCCUGUGGAAAGGAAGAAGUUAGCCUUUUUCUAACAGCAAUAGAAAACUCCUGGAUUCAUUUAAGGAGAAAGAAAAGAGAACGAGUAAGACAAUUGAGAGAAGUUCCCCGAGCUCCUGAGGAUGUCAUCCAAGCCUUGGAGGAGAAAAAGUCCACCCCCAAAGAGUCUGGCAGUAGCCAAGAUUUGGCCCAGGGCCCCGGGGAGAGUGUCCCAUGUGGGCCUGCUUCACAGGAAGGCGAGUCUGCCACUGUUGAGGGCCAUUGCUCAAACCAGGAUCUCCUUUCCCAGGAAGAAAACCCAGAACCCAUGGAGGAUGAAAGGAAUGAGGAAAAGGGAGGGAUGGAGAUUUUGGAGAGUUGUAAAGGCUCUAGCAAUGGAGCCCAGGACCGAGAGGCUUCUGAGCAGUUCAGCAGUCCAGUGUCUGAAAAGGGGAGCCAUCUCCAAGGAGUGGCUGGACAUUACCUAUUCAAGUGUUUGAUAAAUGUGAAGAAGGAGGUGGAUGAUGCUUUAGUUGAAAUGCAUUGGGUUGAGGGCCAGAACAGGGAUUUGAUGAACCAGCUUUGUACCUAUAUACGUAACCAAAUUUUCAGGCUUGUUGCUAGUUAAUUUCUUGCACAGUUGGGAAAGUUUCUAUAAAGUAGCCUGCUUUGGGGUGGCAAGAGGCAUUCCACCGUAGGCCCACUGAUAACAUUAUGUGCAAUUAUCUUUAAAAUAAAAUAAAUCUAUUUUAAAAC